AACGCAGGCUUCCUCCACCAUUGGAUUUAAAGCGGGAAAGGGACUAUUUGCGAUCUAAAAAGUUUACUGCAGCUGCCUAAAGAAUUGUAAAACACUUUGCCAAUGGAUAGUCUGUGGUAACAAACAUGCCAACACAGCUCUGGAGACGUUUAUUAACUCUAUCUUACGGAGUAAUGUAACGUAAUCAAAGCAGCUAACCGACAAAAGCUGUUGGUCCGAUGAGGAACCGACACUGUGAAUCAAGGGCUCCCUGAGGCAUGUUGACUCAAGAUAGACGGGCAAGAAAAACUUUUUUUUCUCUGUGAAAGAGAACAAAAUGAAGCCAAAACGCAUCCAGAGGCAUAGAGGACCCAACUGGCAAGGAAAGGGCAUCAACAGUGGUGACAAGACAGCACUGAGCCAAGCUAAGCCUACAUCGCGUGUGCCCUCUUUUGCUCAAGUCAAACCUUUUGCCGGGAAAGUUUUUUACCUGGACUUGCCAUCAAACAGAACAGCAGAAACGCUGGAGAGUGACAUCAAGGAACUGGGAGGGACUGUUGAGAAGUUCUUCAGUAAGGAAAUUAAGUAUCUGGUGUCCAACAAGAGGGAGGCCAGAUUUGUCCAGUGCCUCAGGCAGGACUCUCCUGUCCCCAGCCCGGACUCUGGACAGAGUUCACCUUACCCUCGCUCAAACCGGCACCAGCCUGGCAGCCAUGGGGACAACAUCAAAAGCAGGUCUCAGGGUCAAACAGACACAGUUGUCACAAGUCGAGGGAAGUCUUUGGUGGAGAGAGUGGUGAAAGAGCAGGAGAGGGUACAAAUGAACAAGAUUCUGUCAAAUGCUCUGGAGUGGGGUGUGAAAAUCCUCUACAUAGAUGAUGUAAUAGCAUAUGUACAGAAGAGAAAAAAGAUUGUCAGCAGCCAGUGUCCUGCGAGCGCUGCUGUCAAAACAAGCGUCAAAGCUGAGUCAACAGCAAAGCAAGGCUUUCAGAAAUGCAAAGGUGGGCGAAUCAGUAAACCCUUCGUCAAGGUUGAGGAUUCAAGCAGACACUACCGUCCAAUCUACCUCACAAUGCCAAACAUGCCUGAGUUCAACCUAAAGGCUGUUCCCCCUUGUAGUCCUUUCUGUAUUGAGGACAAGGAUUCUCCUGGGAACAAACAACAGGGACACAGAGGUGCAAAAGCCUCAGCCAGUGAGGAGAGAGCUCAGGGCCGGAAGAAGAACAGAGAUAAGAAACGAGGCGGGUACUGCGAGUGCUGUAUGAUCAAAUAUGAAAACCUCACAAUGCAUCUACAGAGUGAACGUCACAAGGCUUUCUCCAAGAGUGAUGAGUACUUGGUGGUGGACAGACAGGUUUCAACGCUGCACUGCAACCUUAUCCACAUCAAAACUAAAAUUAAAAGACCAAAGUGCAGUAUCUCCUCUGUUCUGGUUGCUCCUGGACCAUGUGGGAAAACUGAGCUAAGACACAAGGGAGAUCUCGAUACCACAGAGACUAUUAAAGAGAAGCAGCUCCAGACUGUUGAUGUGGAAUCUAAUUCAGGACACGCUUUAAAAAUCAGAUCAGUUCCUGGAUCUGCUCCUCUGAUUCACAGAGAGGGAGACAGGAGGAACUGUUACACUUACUCGGACAGAUCCAAGCACAAAUCUCUUGCACGUAAACGGCCGUGCAGACAAAAUUCCUUCGCUUCUUGCACUCAAAAAGCUGAGCAGGCUCAAAUUCCUAAGCCCAAGACAGAGUCAGCCCCCUCUAGAGGUGAAUGUUUUAUCUCUUUUCCCUCCCGAGUUACUCAGGUUGCCUCGGUGGACCAAAUAUCUCACACAGAAAUGAAUAGCUCAGCCUCGCUCAUACAUAAUAUUACUGGACAGAGUGAUUCCUCAAAAAGCCUCAAUGUCGUGACAAAUUACAAAAAGGAGUCUGAUACCAACAAGGAGUCGUUACUGUUUGAAGCUGUUCAGGAUGGAACCACAUUGUUGGACAAAAUGACUGGAAACAACCUUGCAGAAAAUAAAGACGGAAAGCUUCCUCCACAAAGCUUCUCUCCGGGAGGGAAAAUACGGAGAAGGAUCAGAGUUUAUAAACGCAAAAGACGAAAAGUAGACACACGCACUGAACAUGUAAAGCCAAGCGAUGUUCCUGACAACUCCAUGCUGAAUCUUUGGGAGCUUUUCCAGUCAAGUGAUGACAUGGACAUAGACUUUCAUGGAUUUGAGGACUAAGAAAGAACAAAUUAACUCAAGGGAUUAACUGGACUUUCCAAUAGUAGAACCGUACCACUGUGUGUGUCAUGGACUAGUAAACCAAAAGAUUGUUCUUGUUUUCAGGAACAUACGUUUGAUCAUACGGAAUGAUCUACAGGGGCUUAUUUUGUUUCAGGGGCUAAAAAUGCUUUUUUUUCCCCCUUACUUUGUUUAAUAUUAGAUGAAAGGCAGCUGAUGAUGUGCUACAACAUUUUGUUUACAGCAUAGUAUAAGAAAUAAAAUUUAAAAGGUAAAAUGUCACAUGUCAACAUUAUAAUUAUCUUUACAGUGACUAUAAAAUGUACGACUUUUAUCAUUUUGCAUAUAGCUUGUGCUGCAAAAAUGUGUAAAUUACAUUUAUUUGACAUUUAUAUUCUAAAUGCAACACACAGAAUUAUCAAAAUGGACUGUAAAUGGAAGAAACCUAUGCAAACUAUGAUAUUACCAUGACUGUAAGGUUUGUCUUAAUUUUGAAUUGCAGCUCUUUUAGUACAAUCCCCAUCUGAGUUGUCUCAAAGCUUAAAAAUAUUUCUGUAACUAAUAUCGAAAUCUCCUUUGUGAUGGGUGUGAAUUUUAUAAGGGACAUCAAUAAUAUAUUACCAGGAUUCAGAUGGCUGCUCUACUUUGUGAGAUAAAUAUGUUGAAAUCACACUUGAAAUCAUUCCUAGCAUGUUAUCUUUCUCAUAAUUCGGUUUUAGACAAAAGAUUUGUGAAUACAUUAUUUUCCCAAAAAUGCUGCAAUUUAUAUCAGAAAUGGGAACAAAUGCACACCAAGUUCAAUCUCUAAACUUGUACAUACAGCAGUUUAUGCAUAGUUAAAUGGAAAAUUUUCUUUACACCUUCACCUCACACCAUGAAGUGGAGUAAAAUGCCACCAAUAGAGGCCGCUUCUUUUACACAUUGCUCUGCCAAAUAAAGCACCCAUCACACAGUUUUAACGGAACCUUAUGGAAGACAGAGAGCAUCUUAAACCAGAAAUGACCAAACAAACUUGUUUUUGAACAAAAGUGUAAAAUGUCAGGGUUUGAUACCUUUUAUUGCCACUAGAAAAUCUAGGAAAUAUUAGUGAGUAAAUUUUUUUUUUUCUAAUGUCUAUUUUCAUAGUUUAAAGUCUCUGCAUGCAUGCAGAGUAAAUAUUGAAUGUUGUGCAUUUACAAGCGUGUCAGAUGGAAAACAAAGUCUUCACUGGUAACAUUUUAUACAGUAAUGUAGAGAAAAAACACUUGAAUCUGCCCAGACAUGGGGAACUGAUUGUAUUUAUAUUAUAAAAUACAUAUACUUGUUGUGUAUGUAUUUUAAUGUGAAUGACCUGUAGGUGGACAUUAUAUGUGACAUUUUAGGAUUCUUUUUAAGUGCACUUUUCAUGACAUGUCCUAAUGUGCUUUUUUUGAUGCAUUAGUUCAGCUUCCCCUUUUUCCCUGCAUUUAGUACAUUAGCAUAGUGCCCUUGUUCUCCCUCACUGCUCUCAAAUGAAUGCACUGGGUCAAAUGAGAGUUUCUGUGCCAAUGGCAUUAAGAAAAAAAGGCAUGAGCAACAAUGUGUUC